UUUCUACAAAUCACGUUCAAGUGCAUUUCACAGGUAUUGAGUAAAGUCGGCGGAAAUGAAGCCCGAAUGAGUCAUUCGCUUCAACGUAACGAGUUUAACGUAACCGACACAAGACGUCGGCAAGAAGUUGAUGGCGUCCUCAAAUGUAGAAUCGCACCGCAGUCGCUCGCCGCUCGAGUCCGUUGCUGAAGAGGAAGGAUAUCGUCCAAUUCCGGUCACUCCACAGACCGACUUCUCGGCGAUACAGCUCCUCGUCGAGGACAGCAACCUGCAAUCUCUUACCCCGACACUGGAGGCAGCGUUCCGCCAUUUCAUCGCCAAUUAUCCUCGACCCGUCGCGGAGAUUAGCAAAAAUGAUCUGAUAAGGGUUGUUAUCUACGUAGUGGCCCUUGAAACGGGCCUCACACCACGGAACUGCCCAGUGCCAUCGUUUGGCAAGAUGCGCCAGGUGUACCGAUCGUUCGAUAAACGGCUCGUGCACCACUUUGUUACCCGACUGUCGGUGGACAGUUUCGCAAGCCCAUCGAAUCUAUGCUCGAUGGAUCUGUGCUUGAUGCCGAUUCGUGUCGAUGAGAAUAACUAUUUUGGCUGCAAGCUCACAUCUUUCGUUAGUGGCGAUUUGUUGAUCGUUAGUCUCGUCCCCGCUGGCGCUUUCCCCGUUAACGGUGGGUUCAGCGUUGCCCUGCCCAUCAGUCGAUAUGUGCCGUUGGUAAACACUGAGCGCCUGGCAGUUUGCUUUCAGCGGCUGAAGGAAUUGUCCUAUAAACUUAAAAAUGAGGUGUUUGUGCCCUUCCGCGACAACAUACACCACACAUGCCUGACCUUCGGCUAUCCUUCGUUGAUCGGGUUACCGGUAGACAUAAAUCUAGAACUCACCAAAUACUUGGAUGAAUACUGUUUUGAACACUACAGAGCCAGCUGCCCAUACUACGGGUGCGACAAUCAAUGGACCGUGCGUGUAAAUUGUAGUACCUAAA